AUGUACUUCUUCUCCUUUCUCGAAGAGUGCCAGUUGCAGAUCAAACCUGACGACGAUGGUAUCAACACUAAGGUCCGAGCUAUCUUCACGUCAACGCAGGUGCAUACCAACUACACGACUUGCACCCCAGAUACUGCUUCAACUGUGCGUUGUAUCUUGUAUGAUGUUGACAUUCCGGGGUGUGAAGAUGAUGAGGAGGAAGAACCGAGUGCAAACAAGGAGCUAUCGGACUGGUUAGUGGCAGUACGCGAGCAUCUACGAACGGUCCAGUCUUCAUCACGCGCUCACGCCGAUGAGAUUACCGAGGAACCAGGACUCAUUCUAGCGAAAUCUAUCGACGAUGUAAUGACACAACUCGACAACGCGAUCGACUUCAGCAAAUGCCAUGCACACUGGGAAUAG